GAUACAGAUUUCCGAAAACAAUCAUGUCGGCAGACGAAGACACCGAGCUUCGCGAUCUUGUAGCACAAACUUUAGAGACAAAUGGAGUUUUAGGGAAAAUCAGGGCACAGCUGAGGGCCAGUGUGUUCCUAGCUUUAGAAGAACAAGAGUCUUCACAGAAUAAGACUCCAUUUGCAAACCAUGACCUGAGGAAAUUUCUUGGUACAAAGGAAGGGAAAGCUGUAGCUGGUUUGAUAAAAGAAUUCCUAGAAUUUUUCCAGUUAGAAUAUACACUAGCUGUGUUUGAACCUGAGGCUGGACUGAACAUACCACAUGAGUCAAGAGAUACACUUGCAAAAGAAUUAAAUGUAGCAGAUACGGGACAGUCAGCUGGACCCCUCAUUGCAGAAUUAGUUCAACAGAAAGGUCCAGCACCCAGAUCUAGAACCCCUACACAUAUCAGUUCUGAGGAAGGGCAACAGUGCAUACCUAAGGAUUUAACCAGUAAACAGUUAGAAGAUGCACACCAAAAAUUUGAAUUUUAUGACAAGGAUGGUAAUGGUGAAAUAGACAAAGAUGAACUCAGAGACUUAUUUAUAGAUCUUUUUCCAUCAUUCAAUAGGAAUAUGUUAGACCGUUACGUGAAUGAUGAAUUUAGGGCAGCUGAUAAAAAUUUUAGUAGUAGUAUAAGCUUUGAUGAAUUUAUUGAUAUGUACAAACGUCUGUUUUUACUUUGUCGAACGGUUGUGUCAGGAGAAGUGUCAGAUAUUUUACCUCAGAAAUCAUCACAAAAGAGUAAUAGUAUCUCAGAAAACAGAAGUUAUGUUGACUCUAAAAACCAAAAGAAUUUACAGAACAGUAAACAGAAUGAUAUGAGGAAUGGCCCCAGAUUUGGUUCUGAUGGAAGUGACAUAGAGGAGGACCCUUUCUUUGAUGAUGCUAUCCCAUCCAAUAAAUCAUACAACAGAAGACAUGCAGACCAGGAGCCAAGAGGAAUUGGAAGGCCAUCUCAAAUCCCUGUCUACUCAAACUUCAGGAGCGUUGAACAGUCUAAAAGUAAAGAUACUCGACAAAAUGGUACAAAAUCUCCUGGUUAUGGAACUGGUGCUUUGUCUUCACUUCAAGGUCUUCCUGCCUUAAAUCAAAAGUCACCACGGAAGUCUCCUCGAGUUCAACAAUUAAUUGAGAGUGACACCGAGGAAAACCUACGUGCUAUGGAUCGGGGUAUGGCAGAUCUGGGAUUAGAAGGUGAUUUUGAUUAUGAUGAUGACUUCCAAAGCUCAGGGCAUAGUAUGAGUAAAAAUAGUCCCAGAACAGCACGGUCUGAACAGAAUGGUAGUAUUGUAGAGGAAAUAGAAGAGGAGAUCGAUGAUGAUGAUGUCUCCAUUGAAGCUGAUGAUUUAUUAAGAAGUGAAAGAAGUGGGUGUGAUGAUUUAACAACAGACAGAACAAUCUCUCAACAUGAUGGAUUUGAUUAUAUGGAGGAUGUCCAGUCACCUUGAAGAACUAGUCUUAGCAUCUGUGAUAAAGUCUCAAACAACACAUGGGCCAAAAUAGGACUUAUUGUUUAAUAUAUAAGAAAAUGUAUCGUAGCCACUCUGCCUAUUAUGACAUCAUACUACAUUUUACAUGUAUGAUAAUUAUCAUCAUAUGAAUCCAUUUGGUGAUGGUAAAAGCAUUGACAUAGUUUCUGUUGAUUUCAAACACUUUGGUUAUUAGUAACAUACAAUUCAUAGAUAAAAUACAAUGCAGUCUGUUUAAAAAUUGAAAAAAUUUAUAAAAUAAGAAAAAUCAGUGAUAAAUUAAACAAAUUAAGGAGAAAUAGUAAGAAAUAUAUUGCUUUUAUUUUGUGUAUUACUAAUAUCUUUUAAGUAGUAUAAAUUUACCAGACAUAACUAAAAAAUUAUAUAAGGUAGAAAAUUAUCCUAUAUUGGUAUUAGAUUAGACCUUCGUUAAUUAUAAUUUGUUAUCUAAUUAUUUCAUGUUUGGGAAGGCCAGUACAUUCACAUAAUAUCAAUAUCCAAAGUUAUAUAUCUUGGAUCCAUUAAUGUCAUCAAUAGAAAAUGAUACAAUUAUAAGGUAUAAUUCUUUCUUAUUGAUUCAUAGAAUUUUUGGUGAAUGUAUACAAACCUUUUAAUCAAUUAUUAUUAUUAUUUUCUGCAUUGAAUUUACUCUUGUAGAUAAUGUUUUCUGGAUGAUCAUCAUGAUUAAAAAAAUGUCUAGGAACAAAUAAAAAAUAUAUCCUCUUAAAAAAUGUUUUGCAAAGUAGUAAAAUGUACCAUGAUGUAGUGUUCAUUAAAAUGUCAGCUUUUGGUUCAGAUAAAAUUAUGUUUACAUAAAAAAAAAUGUGAACACUGAUUGUCUUGAAGAAAAAAUUUAAAGUGGAGAAAUUCAUUUAUAGUUGUGUCAUUUAAAAACUAGUUCAAUUGCCAAAGCAAGAGACAGUCUCAAUUUAUUAUUUCUGCUGAAAUAUUUCUCAUGUAGAAUUGUCGUUUUUUUUUCUCUUGAAUCAUUACUGCUAUUUAUAUUUAAAUACAAAAAAACUCAUCUAUGAAACUCAAAAGAAUACUCAGGAAAUAAUCAUUUAACGUAGCAUCUUAUACUUAAUAACAUACUCAAUGUCCUGCAAUCAGUCAAAAUUGCACUCAUUUUUCUAAAAAGAAGGUCGGUUGAUAAUGUGAAAACUUACAAACCUGUUGUAAAUCAAUUAUUCUUGCAUCAUUUAAUCAUUUCAAUAAACAAUACAUUUUUAAAUUUUAACUUUUCUUUAGUUUAGAAAUUGUAUGAUUUAUAACUAAUAAUCAGCUUUCUUACAAAUAACUUCACAUAGUUUUAUCAAAGUGCUAACAUUCUAUAUGAUGCCAUCUUUAUUGGAGUAUUGCGCAGCUGAGAAAUAAAUGCCAUAAUUACAUUAUUUAUUUGUGAAUGUUUAUGCAUGCAUUUCAUCCGUCCACACAUAUUGAACACAUGAAUAUAUAAUAUACAUUUCAAUAAUUUUGCAUUCUCAUGUUUUGUUAAAUAUAUAAGGAGAAUUAUGUGCUGAAACAGAAAGAUUUUUCUUUUGUAGAUUUUAUGAGAGAAGCAAUUUUCUACAUCAGUUAAAGUAUUGAAAGUUUUCAAAUUUAUUUCAUUUGCUCAUACAUGAAGUUUACUUUUUUUUCUAAUAAUGAUAAAUAGUAUCUUUUUAUGUCUGAUAAAGAACAACAGUCACUCAUGUAAAUCAAUCUUAGAUAUUUCAAUGUGCAUGUCGUCCAAGAUAUCAGAGAGCAAAGCCAGACUCUUUGUUUGAUAAUUUGUAAGUAGGUAAAAUUUGAAUUGAUAUGCAAUGUUUUUACUUUCAAAGGUACUUUGUACUCCGAUAUUUUUUUUUUUGAGAACUGUGUUCUAAAGUUGAUUUGUUGUUCUGUUAAGCAUAAACACUUCAGAAACAUUUUUACUAACAUUCAGCACAAUCAUGAGUAGAUGUGUGAGAGUGUGUGAGAUAAUUUUACAUUUUGUACAUAUGUCUUAUUUUAAUUUGUUAACUAUUUUAUGAUGAGAAUAUAUUUAUAAUAAAAUAUAUACACAUUA